GUCGUGUUACUCAAGUGCCAACACCCCCCGAGCUGCUCUGACUGCCGGAGCUGGACAAUAGUUAGUCAGUCAGCCGUCUGCUGUCAGGUUGGUUGGACGCUCAAACAACAAGCUCGAGUUGACAUGUGAAAACUGUUCACUGGGACACGCUCGAAUUUCUUUCAGAGAUGCCCCGACUGACCUUGGUGGCACUUGUGGUGCUGCUCUUCUAUUCACCCUUGGUCAAUGCAGGGAAAGUCUUGGUGUACCCUUUGGAUGGAAGCCAUUGGAUCAACAUGAAAGUCCUCAUCGAGGAGCUUCACUCCAGAGGCCAUGAAAUCACAGUGUUGCGGCCAUCAGACAGCUGGUACAUCAAGCCAGAGUCCCCUCACUACCAGUCCAUCACUGUAAAUUCCACUGCUGGUUUUGAUGAGGAAAGCUUUGGGUCAUUUGUAACCACAAUGGUGAACAUGCGGCGGGAAGGUGCUUCCCUUUGGACUCGUAUAUCUCUGGAGUAUGAACUGGUGGCACACUUCUAUCAGAUGAAUAAACAGGUGAUUGAGAUGGUAGGGGAAAUGUUUGAGAAUACCGAACUGAUGCAGAGCCUCCGCAAUGCCAAAUAUGAUUUGGUACUAACAGACCCUGGAAUUGGUGCAGGGGUGCUUCUGGGUCACCGUUUGGGUCUUCCACUUGUCUUGAAUGUGAGGUGGACUAUUCAGGGUGAGGGGCAUCACGCAAUUGCACCUACCCCAUUGUCGUAUGUCCCAAUUCCAAUGACAGAGCUGACCGACAAGAUGACAUUUCCCCAGCGGGUCAAGAAUAUCCUUUACUAUAUCUUCACUCGUAUCCAAAUUUGGUACAUAACAGACCCAAACUACAAACCAUUUGUCCAUCGUUACUUUGGAAAUGAUGUACAUUAUAUGGAGCUGUUCCAGUCAGCAGACAUCUGGCUGAUGAGGAAUGAUUUUACCUUUGAGUUUCCACGACCCACAAUGCCAAACAUCGUCUAUAUGUCAGGAUUUCAGUGCAAACCCUCAAAGCCCCUCUCUAAAGAACUAGAGGACUUUGUCCAGAGUUCUGGUGAACACGGUAUCAUUGUGAUGACAUUGGGAACCCUGGUGGCAAAACUUCCUGAGGACAUUGCUGAAGACAUUGCCGCUGCUUUUGCCCAACUUCCUCAGAAGGUGAUCUGGAGGUACAAAGGAAAAAGACCAUCCACCCUCGGCAACAACACCUUACUCUUGGACUGGCUGCCUCAAAAUGACCUCCUGGGUCACCCCAAGACCAGACUGUUUGUGGCUCAUGGAGGCACCAAUGGAAUACAGGAGGCCAUCUACCAUGGUGUCCCCCUUGUCGGCCUACCCUUAAUGUUUGACCAGCAGGACAACUUCUUCAGGAUGAAAGCAAGAGGUGUGGCCAAAGUCCUGGACAUCGCAACUGUGAACAAAGACAACUUCCUGGAGGCACUGAAGGAGGUACUCUAUGAACCGACCUACAGAGAGAAGAUGACAACCCUGUCCAAUCUGCACAGAGAUCAGCCCAUGAAACCACUGGACCGUGCCAUGUUUUGGAUCGAGUUUGUCAUGAGGCACAAAGGAGCGAAGCAUCUAAGGACAGAGUCUUAUAAGAUGUCGAGGAUCCAGUACUACUCAGUUGAUGUAGUGGCAUUUUUGCUGGCAGUUAUUUUGUUAGUCUUUACUGUUUUUAUUUCUGCAGUAAAGUUUUUGUGGAGGAGAGUGUUUUCAAGAAGCAAAGUCAAAAGGGAAUGAGGAAUUUGGAUCCUGAUUUCUUGUAAAGACAAUAAUAUUAACAUUCAAAAACUGUUCAGUAUUUAGAGUCCAUAUUAUUUUUUCUCUCUGACACCUCUAUAGUUUGUAAUUUGUAUUUUUUUUCCAUUUCAAAUUCUUUAAAUUAAUCAAAUUCAAGCUUAGUUUACCCAUCCAGCAACUUACGUUUUCCUCUUCUGUAUCUGGUUAUCUGGUUUUAGAAAAAUUGUUUAUAUAUUUUCCAGUAAAUAAAACAACAACAAUAUAAAGCUGCACCUUCAUCUUUCUAAGAUUACCAUAUCAUUCUACAGGCCAUGGCGAUGCAGGUGUAGAAACUUCCCAAACCGUAUUCCUUUUUCCUAUUUCCCUUGUUGAAAACCAUUGUUGUUGUUCUUAGCCACACUCCACCAAUCAGGGGCUGUGUGGGCUGAUCUGAUCUUAAUAGAACAUUGGUAAUCGUGACCAAAUUAAUUUUUAAAAUUGUCAUAUUUUAAAUCCAAAAUGUAGGUAAUUAUAAUAUAAUUUAACAUCUAAUUUCAAAUGUAAUUUGAUUAUGUGCAUUUUUUAAAAAUCUGAUUAUGUAAUCCCAUAAUCAUUAUUACAUGUAAUCAAUUACUACCUUAUUACUUUCAACUAUAACAAUCAUUUGAAGUAGUGUGUGUUGUUUGAGCACAUCUUUCUUCUGAAUAUUAAAUCUGUGUUUUACAUAUAUCUGUGAUGAACGAAAAUCAUCUGAUAACAAGCCAUGCGGUUGAAUAGGUCAGGCUCUAUUUGUCAGACAGAAUCAAUAAAAUCAAUCUAAAAUACUUUACUAUAACCCCACCACUUGUGCAACAACUGCACACAUGAUGCACCUAUUUGGCCAGCAAAGUGAGUUCUAUUGUAUCCUGUGAGCCCUGAAGAAAGAUUUUACUCAAAUAUUCAACUGUCCUCUCCUUGGUUAUUAAUGAUUUAACUAUUUUAUUGGCUCAGAGCAUCAGAGCAAAGAGCAAAAAGAGUUAAAUAUAGUAUUAAACUCACUGUUGUUGUACGGAGUUGAGAGAGAGGAUUCUCCAGCAGUCAGCAGAGGCUGGCCGUCCUGCUCUCUGUUUACAUCUGCCUCCUUCUGGUGGAGAGAGGAAGGACUGCAUGGAGACACAAAGAGAGAGGGGGAGAUAGAGAGAGAGAGAUGGCAGAUGGUUGUCACAAUACAGGAAACAGUAUCUCAUUUUGAAUCCGUAUAUCAUCAUCAUGUUUUUCUUAGACUGAUAACAUGAUAUUAAGAGAGACUUAUGGUGCUGCUAAGUGAAGUUUUGUCACAGAAGCCCAUUGAACAAAAAUACAACAUAUCAGCCGUUAUCACAAAAAAGGACUGCAACAGAGUCAACAGAGCAAAGAGCAGCGUGUCUAAACUUUCAGCGCUGACUGAGACUCUUGUAUUAUACUUGCCCAAACUAAAGCCAGGUAGGGAGUAUAGUCACACAAACAAUAUAUAUAUAUAUUUAGUUUUUUUAAGUGUUAAAUAAAAGAUUGCAAACUGCA